CGGCGUGGCGGUGCUAUGCUGCUGCGCUGCGCGUUGUCGCUCCGCGGGCUGUCGGGGUGGAGGCCCGUGCUCGGCCGAGAGCCGGCUUUCUCCACGAGUUGCGCCGCUUGCUCAAAGAACAGGCGGCUGAGGCAAAAAAGAGUCAUUUCGGAAAAGAAAUUGGUGAGUGCUUGCGGUGGGCUUUGCGCCGUGCCCGGGCGGGCGCUGCACACCGCGCUGCUCCGCUCCUCGCGCUGCCCUCCGCACGGCCGUCACUGUUACUCACGGGGUGUUACAGCCUCGUGUAGGAGGCAGCUGCCGCACCGGCUGCGUUUGGUGUUGGAGAAACCGCAGAGGACCUUUUCUUCGUGUCUGGAUGGAAUUCCUUAUCUCCUGACACGCUAUUUUGUGGAUCACCGGAGAGUGCGCGUGGUUGGGGGGCAAGGAGGAGGAGGAAGUCAGUCUUUCUGUAGUGAACCUAGAAAAAUAUUUGGAGGUCCUGACGGUGGAAAUGGAGGUGAUGGAGGUCAUGUCAUUUUGAAAGCUGACCAGCAAAUGAAAUCACUGUCUUCAGUCCUCCCUUUCUAUCAGGGUUUUCAUGGAGAGAGAGGAGGAAGCAAAAACUGUUAUGGAGCCAAUGGAGCAUGUGUUUAUGUUAAAGUCCCUGUAGGUACAUUGGUAAAGGAGGAUGGGGUAGUUGUGGCUGACCUCACUCAACAUGGUGAAGAGUAUGUUGCAGCUUAUGGAGGAGCUGGAGGGAAAGGUAACCGCUUUUUUCUUUCCAAUGAAAAGCGAGCUCCAACAUUAUUUACUCCAGGAGAGCCAGGUCAGGAGAGGGUCCUCCAUUUGGAACUCAAGACAACAGCUCAUGCAGGAUUGGUGGGCUUUCCCAAUGCUGGGAAAUCAUCGCUUUUGAGAGCGCUGUCCAACGCAAAGCCAGCAGUGGCUGCCUACCCAUUCACAACUCUAAACCCCCACGUUGGCAUUGUCCGCUAUGAAGACUAUGAACAAGUAGCAGUUGCUGACAUUCCUGGCCUAAUAAGAGGUGCUCAUCAGAACAGAGGCCUCGGGAUGGCCUUCCUAAGGCACAUUGAACGAUGCUGCUUUCUUUUAUAUGUGGUGGAUCUCUCUGUGUCUCAGCCAUGGAUUCAGCUGCAAGACUUAAAAUAUGAACUUGAGCAAUAUAAAAAAGGAUUGUCUACAAGGCCUUGUGUUGUCAUUGGGAAUAAAAUUGACCUUGCUGAGUCCAGGAUUAAUCUACCACUCCUUAAAGAAAAGAUAGAUGACAGAGUCAUUGCAUUAUCUGCAUUGACAGGAGACAAUCUAGAGGAACUGUUACUGCAUUUGAAAGAGCUGUAUGACACUUACGUGAAGAUGGAACGAUCACGAGGGCAGAGCCCAGUCAAGUGGUAGGAAGCAGAGCUACUACAAACUGCUAGAAGGAAGAAAAAGUCAUAAUUUGAUUAGAUAACAUCUGCAUGUGUUUUCUUCGUUGUUUCUUUAUUUUGAAUGUAUUGCACACAGCUCGUGAAUUUGUUCUGGGCUGCUUUCAAUGGAAAGAUUUUAAUUCACCUUUGAGGUGUCCUAGGUGUCAUAAAAUAAAUGCAAUGCUUUGCUUUUGUGGUGGAAA